CCUGCGACGGGUUCAAGGCCUGGCGAGCCGGCACCCAAGAGAGAGCCAGGACCCUGUGACCCGACCGGCUUGAGUAUUAGACAAAAUUAGGCGGGUAAAAAUUGGGCGUAAAGGCAUUCUUGGCGACUGUCUAGUGGAGGUCUACCGGCCAAGUUGGCUGGGAUGGGGAAUCCGGGGACCCGAUCAGGAACUGCUUUGGUUAUUACCCCAAAAAAGUGCUUUAAUAUAAUUGGCACGCCCUGGCUCCAGAGUUGGCUCUUGUGUGGCAUGGAGGCCGCCUUCACUUUCUCUGGCCGCGCUAUUUUGUCUGCUGUGGAGCUACCAAAGCUACUCUCGCGUGCCCCGCUCAGAAGGCCAGACGGGAGGGACCCCCAAUUCAGGCCCAGGGUACCCCCCCAUCCUAGGCGGGGAACAAGCCCCGGAGCUUCCGCAGAGGCAGCCCCAAACCCGGGUGCGAGGACCAGCCACGGGUGUAGAAUGGUUUCAGAGGGAAAACGCAAAAGCAAACAGAAUCUUUCCACACACCCGGGAGCCCUGUGAACACACCGCGCAGUGCAUUUAUACGGGUCUUAAUAGUCUCUGCCAAGCCCACAAAAUGUUUACGACCCGCAUCUCCGCGCUGCACACGCUGUAAAACUGGGGACUGGAUUUUGGCUGACAUCUCUCCCUGGUGUGUGUGUGUAUGUGUGUGUGUGUGUGUGUGUGUGUGUGCAUGUAUCUCUCUCUUUCAUACAUACGUUAGUAUUUUAGGCACACGCCUUUAUUAUAUUUCUGUAUCUAACACAAUAUUUCAGAGCAUCUGAUUGUGACAAAGGGUCUUUAUAGGUUCCCCGAGAGUCACCCAUGGCCGUGUAUCCAAGCCGCAGGUAGAAAGCUCAGUUCAUAUGACUACAACAAAUAAACGGUUAAGUUGCAGAUCGGUGGACGCCGAGAGAGAAAGCUCGAUUUAUAUAACUACACAUAAAUGAAGUCGCAGAUUGGUGCGAGUCUCUCCACUGAUCACGGAGGCCCCAGGGCGAAUAAACAGUGUGCCACCGAUUAAGGAAAGGAAGCUGGGAGACGUUGACUUUAUUUAAACCACAUGGUUCCAGUUUGCGGUGGCAUUCUCGCUGCAGCUGCAAGCAACGCUGCGCCUGCCCAGUCUGGAUCAGAGUCCUAAGUCCGGCCUGUCGCCCACUGGACCUGGGUGAGGGGGGACGCGGCCGCGGGCCCCGCGGAGCGAGACCACCUGUGAUGGCUGCUGAGAUUGGCGGAGGCGGUCAUGUGGGCGGUCACGUGCUGCGGCGAGCUCCGUCCAAAAGAAAAUGGGGUUUGGUGUAAAUCUGGGGGUGUAAUGUUAUCAUAUAUCACGCUACCUCGUAAAACCGACACUGAAAGCUGCCGGACAACAAAUCACAGGUCAAAAUUAUGAGUUCUUCGUAUUAUGUGAACGCGCUUUUUAGCAAAUAUACGGCGGGGGCUUCUCUGUUCCAAAAUGCCGAGCCGACUUCUUGCUCCUUUGCGCCCAACUCGCAGAGAAGCGGCUACGGGGCGGGCGCCGGCGCCUUCGCCUCGACCGUACCGGGCUUGUACAAUGUCAACAGCCCCCUUUAUCAGAGCCCCUUUGCGUCUGGCUAUGGCCUGGGCGCCGACGCCUACAGCAACCUGCCCUGCGCCUCCUACGACCAAAACAUCCCCGGGCUUUGCAGUGACCUCGCCAAAGGCGCCUGCGACAAGGCGGACGAGGGCACGCUGCACGGCCCGGCCGAGGCCAAUUUCCGCAUCUACCCCUGGAUGCGGUCUUCAGGACCUGACAGAAAGCGGGGCCGCCAGACCUACACGCGCUACCAGACGCUGGAGCUGGAGAAGGAGUUCCACUUCAACCGCUACCUGACGCGGCGCCGCCGCAUCGAGAUCGCCCACGCGCUCUGCCUCACCGAGCGCCAGAUCAAGAUCUGGUUCCAGAACCGCCGCAUGAAGUGGAAGAAAGAGCAUAAGGAAGAGGGUUCAGCAGCCCCCGAGGGUGCCGUGCCCUCUACCGCUGCCGCCGCCGCUGACAAGGCUGACGAUGAGGACAACGAAGAAGAGGAGGAAGAUGAGGAGGAGGAAUAAGGGGCCUAGCCCGGGGCCCUUGCUGCACCGGACAGUCAGAAAAGCGUCUUUAAGAGACUUAAUGGUUUUAUUUGCAAACAUGGGAAAAAUAAAAAGAAAAUGUAAAAAAAAAAAAAAAACCCCACCCCAGUUAUCAACCUGCACUCCACCCAACUCCAGCUCGCAACUUUUCUGGGCUGAGCAGCCACUGAGACUGAGUCGCCCUGGGGAUCCUCUCUGCAUCCCAGGACCCCACAGACAUCCCCAACCCCAGGCUAGCCAGCCCCUUGCUGGCAUGGCCAAAAUACUACCUAGCACAGGCCUCCACAAGAGGCACCCCAAACUACCUAUGGGCUAAGCCCCCAAGGGCCUCCACUCCCAGGAAGCCUGGACAUGUCCCAACACUGGCAGACACCCAGCACCACCCCCCAUCCCCUGAAGAACAUGACUCUCAGUACUACCUACUCCCCCAAAACUACCUAUUUUGUGCAGGCUGGCUUGCCUACUACCUAGUGCCAGCCCCUCCCAGGCCAGGCUCCUGCUGCUUACAGCAGACAGCCUUUGGGGUCCUUGAGGCUGCUCUGAGAAUGCGCUUAGGUCCAGGGACCAGGGCAUUGGCUUCUAUUUAAAUUGAAAAAUAAUAUAUUUAUUCCAAAGCAUUCUUAGUGCUGCAACCUAGAAUCCCUACUUCCCUGGCUUGGCACCUGAAGUUCAGGCCCAUCACCCCCCAAUUCUGGAGGGGAGCAGGUCCUGAGCUGGCUGCAGACCUCUGGGUUAGCUUCUGCUUAAUAGGUCUGUGGAGAUGCUCCCAGCUUUGCUGUCAUCUCCUCUGGCCCUAGUGUCCUGUUCAGCUGCAUCAAAUAUGUACACCUUGACGUUUCCUAUAAUAGCAAAUACUGUAUAUUUGAACAAGAUUUUUUUUUGUCAUUUCUAUAGUCUUGGAGUUCAUUUGUAAGGCAAUGUCUUGACUCGGAAGGAUGUGUUGAUGGGGUGACUUUGUAGCAUGGUGUGUUGUCUUGAGCUAACCUGUAGUGGGUGGGGAGGUCUAAUGCCCUCCUCAAUGUCUUUCAUCUCCUGUGUUGUCUUGUGUAUCCCUCAGCUCCCGCCUGGGGAUCAGGGAAGGUACGCUUCCCCACCCAGGUAACCGUGUUUUAUGUAACAGAAAAAUAAAGAUGCUUGGUGACAAAG